CAGGCAGCGCGCCGGUGCGUCACACGCCGGCGCGCGCACGGGGGGCUGCGGGGCCGCGUCGCCGGUGGAGGCUCCCGUCCCCUCCGCUUCCGCCCCGCCAUCGCCAUGGCAAUGGUCGCAGGGAAGGCGAACUGAGAUACUACAGCAAGAAAAACAGUAUGAUGGAUUCAGAAGAUUCUGCCCCAAAGAAGUCAAAGGAAUAUCUAAGCAAUGACGUAUCAGCUACCUCUGGUAAACAUUAUAUUUGUGGCUACUGUGCGGCCUUCACAAACAUAGCAGUCACUUUUCCCAUCCAGAAGGUCCUCUUUCGACAGCAGUUGUAUGGUCUGAAAACAAAAGAUGCAGUACAUCAGCUGCAGAAGGAUGGAAUUCGAAACCUCUAUCGUGGCAUCCUUCCUCCGUUAAUGCAGAAAACAACAACACUGGCUCUGAUGUUUGGCUUGUAUGAAGAUUUCUCCUCCCUGCUCCUUAGCCACAUGAGUGCUUCUGAACUCCUCACUCGCAGCAUGGCAGCAGUGCUUGCAGGGACCACAGAAGCUGUCCUUACACCUUUUGAGCGAGUUCAGACUUUGCUUCAGGACUACAAACACCAUGAUAAAUUUACAAACACUUACCAGGCUUUCAAGGUACUAAAAGUCUAUGGGAUGAGAGAAUAUUAUCGGGGUUUGGUGCCUAUUCUGCUCCGAAAUGGACCCAGUAAUGCACUCUUCUUUGGUCUGCGGGGACCUAUCAAACAGUGUCUGCCUGAAGCAACUUCUUCCAGCACUCAUUUGGUCAAUGACUUUAUCUGUGGAGGGCUGUUGGGUGCCAUGCUGGGAUUCUUGUUUUUCCCAGUGAAUGUUGUAAAAACUCGCAUGCAAGCUCAGAUUGGUGGUGAAUUUCAGUCCUUCUCAAAAGUCUUUGUGAAGAUCUGGAUAGAACGUGAUAGAAAACUGAUCCACCUUUUCAGAGGAGCCCAUCUGAAUUACCAUCGUUCUCUCCUGUCCUGGGGCAUAAUCAAUGCAACCUAUGAAUUCUUGCUAAAGCUGUUGUGAAAACCACUAUCUUCCAUUGGCUCUUCUGGUCAUUUGGGUAUUGGCAUAUAGGAUGUUACUUAAUCGCAGGGAACAGUGCCUGCAUAGUGUCAAAGGUAAUUAGUCUUGGUCUUCAAUAUUUAUGGAGUGAAUGGUGAUGCUUCUAAACCUUGGUGCAACUGAGGUGAACUUUUUAAAGUAUUUAUUUCCUGGCAGGUGAGCUUGCCCAUAAUGGAGCUACUAAACAAAUACAAGGUGUAAAGGGCGGGGAAAAAACCCCUUAUAUCAGCCCAGCAGCUCCUUCUGUAUCACUCCCAACAUCUCCUAAUGCUCCGUGAUGGAAUGUGCUCCACUGUCUACAUUGUAGAACUUGAAAAUCAAGGAGGGGCUGAUGAAAAUUGAUUCCCUUGCCCGAUAAACUUCAGCAGUCUUGAUUUAAGAACUGCAUUUUCAAACAUUUUAGGGUCCUAAGUACUCCUUAUUGUUGAAAGCUAAAAGGACAGAUCCAGGUGGGGAUGACUACAGUUUAGGACUUCAAGCUUAAACUAAGCCUCGCAAACUCUCUGCCAGCUUGGCUUUAAGAUGAACGUUUCGUUCAGCGGCAUAAAAGUGCAUAUUGAGUGUUUAACUUCAGUGGAAGCUGACUUCAGUUCAGAGUGGGAUCUCUGUGUGUAUAUGUACAUGUGUGCCUUCAUGUGAAAAAGGGAAAAGUGGAAGGAAUGAAACAGCGAGUUUACUAAAGCUUUAAAGUGUCCUUCCUUGUGAAAAAACCUUCUACUUGUGAACAUGGAGUUUGUUCUGCUUUUUUUUUUUUUUUGCCUUGCUGCUUUUUCUGUUGCUUACUGCUCUAGAGCCAGAAAGAAGAUGGCCCUUUCUGUAAUGCUGAUGAAACAGUUCAGCUUCCCACGGUUGUGAAAGUUGUUCACAAAUAUAGCUCUGUUGUACUAAGGUGUCUUGUCUAUUGUAAAUUACUUCUGUUUCAUUUGGGCUGUGGAAUAAUGGAUCACAACAAGAUAUUUUUACCUGAAACGUGGAGUUCUGCCAACUUGAUAUGUACUCUUAACAGUGCUGUAAGACAGAGUUGUACAACAGCAGUGACAAGGUGAUGUUUCUGGGUAUUACCCACUUCAGUGGAUGCCUCUAAGUGUAGCAGAGGCAAUGGCCAAAGAUGACCUUAGAAGCAGCUAGGUGGGAAAGGUGCAGCAUUUGGAGAUGUAGGUGAGUACUGAAAAGACUUACAGAAAAAUGAAGUAUUGUGUGUCUUACAGGCCUGGGAGUUGAGAGAUAUGACUUCAGGCCUUAGAGAAAGGGACAGAAGAGCAAGUGUGACCAUAAACCAGGUGAGGGUCUUAACAAAAAGCAUUUGGUUCCCUCGGGGACUUUAUGAAACUAUAUAUAUUUUGAAUGAAAGGGGCAGGAAGUCUUUCAGAAACUGGUCUGGAUUGGUCUUUUCAUAAGUUUUACUUUUUUACUAUUCAACUUUUCUGUUUGCAAACUGUCCUCAAAUACUGAUUCUAAUCAGCGUGUUAUAAUCAUAACAUGGUCCCUAGCUUCGCAGUCAGAAAUGGCCAGGCACAGGUGAGAAUUCUUGUAUCCAAAUGUUGUGAUUCUCUGCAUUUAAAUAAAAUGUUUACUGAAUGUUUGUUACUGGCAGAAUCUAAUUGUUACUGGUGUACUGUUUUUUGUAAUCACUCCUUGAUGGAAUAAAAAAAAUUUGCAUCCUG